AUGUCUUUCGACGAGAGCUUAGCAAUCCAACUUAUAUUGUUGGCCAUAGUGCUUCGUCAAGUUUUACCUUAUUUCUACCUACUAAUGAUCGAGCCAAUCCCCGUCGUGGGGGAAUUCUCUGAUCCCCCGGCCAACUUGGUACAGCAUUCGGAAGGGGGUGGCGAUGAGUUUUCCAAAGGGAAAGGAAAAGGGAAAGCUGUCGCGGAAAACAUAAACGGCGACUCCUUAUCAACUGGUGUGCUAAAUACCGAAAUUACUGUUGAUUGGACCCAGUAUGAGCCUCCCGAAGGUCUGAGAGACACGGCCGAUUCCAAGUCAGAUGUAGUCGCUCAGAUCAUCCAGGAAUCCAUCGACAAGGUCAAGGCCAGGAUUGCGGAGGAGAAAAAAAGACGGCAAGAAGAUGGCGCUAAGAAGUUAAGGGAGACCGAGAAGCUGUUGGAAGAAAAGGAAGAAAUCCAGGGCACUGAAAUAACAGGCGCGCCCUUGGAUGAGAGCCCGAAUGAACAAAACUUGGCCGUUCAGGCUCCAGUGCCUGUCUCGACCAUGCUAGGAGUGGCUGACAGUAGUCUUAUCGCACCAAUACAGCCCGUCAAACCAAAGAAGCGCUCGUUCAGGAACCUCUUUCGACGCUUGAAUAAUGUCGGAGAAAGGGGCGGAUCUAGCACAACCGGAGCCGCUCGCCAUAAGCGAGAUAUCUCUCGGAGCAGUUUUGAAAUAAGUGGUUAUACAUCGAAGAGGGGAUUUGUGUCUGGAGUUUUGAAGAAAACGGUAACGAACAGCAGUAGCAGCCAUACGUCUUCCAUCCACGACGCCGAAGUCGAAUGCGUCUCCUGCCUGGAUGACUUUAACCCUAAGGAUAUGGUCAAGGCUCCUUGCCACAGCUAUUGCAAACGUUGUUUUAUACGUCUCAUACGCACGACCUGUGCUAAUGAGCAGCAAUGGCCGCCUAAGUGCUGUCUGAAUCCCAUUCCAUCCGCCGUUAUAAUACUCAAUGUUGGAAACGACUUGAAAAAGCUAUAUCACGAACGAGUAGCAGAGUGGAACCUGCCGAUAAGCGAGCGAGUGUAUUGCAGUUCUGCCGGUUGUAGUUUAUGGCUUCGGCCGGAUCAGAUCAAUCGCGACUGCGAUAUCGCAAGAUGUUCGGCAGGUCACUGGACCUGUAUCAUCUGCCGCGGUCCACAGCAUGAUGGGACCAACUGUCCCGAGGACCGCGAUAUGAGGAUGACUGACGAGCUUGCUAUAGAAGAAGGAUGGAAGCGGUGCUAUGGCUGCCAGGCGUACGUCGAGCAUAGAGAAGCAUGCCAGCAUAUGACAUGUCGAUGUGGUGCCGAGUUCUGCUAUGUUUGCAGUGCGCGCUGGCGAACCUGUGCGUGUACGAUGGAGCAAUUAGCGGCUGUUAAAGAAAGUGCGGAAGCGCGACGUCUAGCCCGCCAAGAAAAAGAAGCCCAGGAGGAAGCCGAGCUUCAAGAGGCUCUAUGGCUGAUAGCCGAAUUCGAGCGCGAAGAAGAGCUCAAAGCUGAGCUUCUGCGACAGGAACAGGAACGGUUGACCGAGGAGCGCCGGGCAAAGCUACUCGAGGAACGCAUCAGGAGAGAGGGCGAGAGACGCCGAGCGAUAGAAGUCAAAUACCUGGAGCUCCGAGAGGUGUUUGUGAAAAUACACAAACUCCAGCACAUCGCGGUACAGCGGAACCAUAGUACCGAAGAAGCAAGACUGGAAAGCCAAGAUGUUACGGCAUGGGAAGGGCUGCAGGAGAAGCACAAAGCGAAACGUGAGAAUCUGAGCACCGUUACAAGGGCCAAGUUGACAAAGCGCGAAAUGAUACUCGAAAGGGAAUACGUAGCACGAGUAGCCGAGGAGCGCCGGAUCGAAGAGCAGUACCACGUCCAAUUGAAGAAAUACUGGUCUCACAAAGGGGACGGCGAUGCCAAAGUAGAGGCUGCCAUGAAAGAACUGAAGCGUAAGAUGGAUGCUCGUUUCGCACAAUGGGAGAAAUGGAGAGACAACGAGCUGGAGAACUACAGCUGGAAAGUCGAGGAAGAGCAGGUAAUCGGGGAGGAGCUGAUGCACGAAGCCGCGAGGAGGCUGGUGGAGGACAUGCUAGAAGCGCAAACGGCGUUCCUGUUACGCAAGACUGCCGAGCUCCGGUGGGUGGACGUGUUGAUCGAGGAGCGCAGCCGCAUGGUCAACGACAUGGAGGUCGAGGAGAUCGAGAAUGGCGAGAGCGACGAUGCGUGGUUCGAAGACGGCUGGCUUGACCAGGACGAACCGGACGAAAUGGUUUCAGCAGAGGAAUUUUAUGAGUGCGCCAACUCAUAG